AUGUCGAUUGAUGACAAAUCUGAUUUUGACAUCCAUCUGACUCUUCCCAAGUGGAUGAAAAUGCGGACUCACAGUGCAUUUUGGAGUUCAUUCCACAAGGAUGGCAGAGCCGGCCGCCUCUCAUUCUGUACCAAGCUGUGCUAUGGCAUUGGUGGAGUCCCCAACCAGGUGGCUUCCAGUGCCAUUGCCUUCUACCUGCAGCUUUUCCUGCUCGACGUAGCACAGAUCCCUGCUGCCCAGGUGUCACUUGUCUUGUUUGGAGGGAAGGUGUCUGGGGCAGCUGCCGACCCUGUGGCUGGGUUCUUCAUCGACAGAAGCAGGAGGACAGGGUCUGGACGACUCAUGCCCUGGGUGCUGGGGUGUACACCUUUCAUCGCCUUGGCCUACUUCUUCCUCUGGUUCCUGCCCCCCUUCACCACCCUCCGCGGUCUCUGGUACAUGACCUUCUACUGCCUGUUCCAGGCCCUGGCCACGUGCUUCCAGGUCCCUUACACGGUGCUCACCAUGUUCCUGACCCCCAGCCCCAAGGAGAGGGACUCGGCCACCGCAUACCGGAUGACUAUGGAGAUGGCGGGGACCCUGAUGGGAGCCACUGUCCACGGACUCGUCGUGUCCGGCGCCCACGCACCCCACAGGUGUGAAGAGGCCGUGCUCCCGGGGCCCGGUAGCGUCUCCCCCAACGCGAUGCGUCUGUACUCUGUGGCAGCCGCCCUGGUGGCUGUGACUUAUCCUGUUUGCACCAGCCUGCUCUACCUGGGCGUGAAGGAGCGGCCAGACACCUCCCCUCCAGCCACAGGGGAAGGCCUGAGCUUCCUGGCUGGGCUGGGCCUCACUGUCCGACACCCGCCCUACCUGAAGCUGGUCAUCUCCUUCCUGUUCAUCUCGGCCGCCAUUCAGGUGGAGCAGAGCUACCUGGUCCUGUUCUGUACACACGCCUCGCGGCUCCAGGACCAUGUCCAGAGGCUGGUGCUGACCAUCUUGGUGUCGGCUGUGCUGAGCACCCCGCUGUGGGAGUGGAUUCUCCAGCGGUUUGGGAAGAAGACCUCGGCCUUCGGGAUCUGCAUGAUGGUGCCCUUCGCCAUCUUGUUGGCUGCCGUGCCCACGGCUCCCGUGGCCUAUGUCGUGGCCUUCGUGUCUGGCGUGAGCAUCGCUGUGUCCCUGCUGCUGCCCUGGUCCAUGCUGCCGGACGUGGUGGAUGCCUUCCAGCUGCAGCACCAGCAUGCCCCGGGCCUGGAGACCAUCUUCUACUCCUCCUACGUCUUCUUCACCAAGCUCUCCGGCGCCGGGGCUCUGGGCAUCUCCACACUCAGUCUGGAGUUUGCAGGGUAUGAGGCCGGAGCCUGUGUGCAGACAGAGGAUGUAGUGGUGACCCUCAAGGUCCUCAUUGGAGCCGUGCCCACUUGCAUGAUCCUCACUGGCUUGUGUAUUCUCCUGGUCAGCCCCACCCCACGGGUGCCCCGCCAGGAGCCUUCCCGCCAGCUGAGCCUUCGGAGGAGGACCAGCUACAGCCUUGCUUAAAGCCAAAGACUUCUGAGAGCAGGAAGAGCAAGAGCCAGCAACAGCUUCAAGACCUGAAGGCUCCCUUCCUACUCUACCCUGAGCGCCCCACUCAGCGGUGUGGGACACCACUGGUCUUUCUUCAGGGGAUUGGGAAGGCUCCUGCUGCUGAGACUGGCCUGGGCUCGAGGAUCCCUGCCUGACCAUGUCUUGCCUGUCAACCAUAAACCACACCGGAUAAGGCCAAGACCCUGACCCAUUUCCGGCAUCCGCUGACCCUAGACCCCAGCUCCCUGUAGAAGCGCUGGGCCCUGCAAGCUGCUUAGAUGGCAGCGCUUGUCUGACAGGGGACAGAUGGACAGACCUGCUGGCCCUCCAGAGGGUCCACAAAGAAAGGCUGACCGACACCAAAGGGAUGGGUAGAGGGGGCAUACUGGCGCUGGCCGGUGGAGGGAGACAUGGUCAGGAGAGAUGGCGGUGAGGACGUGGCAGCAGGCCUCAAGCUGCUGCGCCAGCCUUCCCUGUCUUUCAAGUUAAGUGAAGGACACUUUCUAUACUUGGACAGCCAGUACAGAGCCGCCCGAGGCCUUUUCUUUCCACUGAAGUUUAUUCUUACAAAAGCAAAUGAAAGCGUUUCUCUGAGAUGAG